CGCCAUGGCUGACUACCGACGCGGGCGCAGACGGCAGCUGGAUGCCAGUGCCUCCAGCGUAGUCAUGCGGAACGUCAUGGAGCGCCAGCUGAUGCGUGAUGCAGCUCGGCGGAUCAAGAAGACGUCCAAGGGUGCGGCGUUCUCGGGCUUCUCCUUGCAGGGCGCCUUGGACACGUACGACCCGGAGACGUCCAAGAUCAAGCUCUCCUUCCUCCGCAAACGCUCUCGGGUGGCAGAGAUUAUUGCUGCGGGCGAGCUCAUUUUCGCCCUUACCCGCCAUGGUGUCUGCGCCGCUUUCAACAGAGACACGAUGACGCGGGUGUGCUACCUCAACAUCACGCCUGCCGAGGUUGUGCGGUCGCUGUUUUACAACAAGGUCAACAAGUCGAUCAUUACUGUGUCUGUGUAUCGGACGGACAACUUUUCGUCGCUGCGGUGCCGGACGACGCCGUUGGAGCACAUUGCGCGCGGGCAGCCCGACGCCGGCUUUGCGCUCUUUGAGUCCGAGUCGCUGCGGUGGCCCGGGUUUGUGGAGUUUGACGACGUCAACGCCAAGGUGCUGACGUACUCUGCGGCGUCCAAAACGUACAAGGUGUGGGACCUGUCGAAUUACACGCUGCUGUACGAGGUGCAGGAUACGCGGAUUCAGGAGAUCAAGAUCUCGCCGGGCAUCAUGCUGCUCAUCUACCCGCGGACCACCUCGCACGUCCCGCUCAAGAUCCUCAACAUCGAGACUGGCGAGGUGCUGAAGGAGUUCAAGCAUCUACUCCACCGGAACAAGCGGGUCGACUUUAUCGAGCAGUUCAACGAGAAGCUGCUCAUCAAGCAGGAGAACGAGAACUUGCAGAUCGUCGACGUGGAGUCGUCCAAGAUCCUGGAGGUCUCCCAGACCGAGUUUGUCACGCCCAAGGCCUUUAUCUUCCUCUACGACUGCCACCUCUUCCUCACUUUUCUCCAGUCGUCCAUUGCAGUGUGGAACUUCCGCGGCGAGCUGGUGACCAAGUUUGACGACCACCGGCUGCAGUUCCUCGACACGCACACCAACAACAUCUACAUCAACUCGCGGCAGGACACCAUCAUCUCGUACUGCAAGCAGCACGGAAACGCCAAGGGCUCCAUCAACGUCUCGGACAUCUUCACCGGCGCCUCGAUCGGCAAGAUUGCGCCCGAGGAUGGCCUCUCGCCCGCUGCAGAGUCUGACGACCGCGCCGGGCCCGCCGCCCAGGCGGCCGCCCUCGACGAUGUCACUGCCCUCUUCUAUAACGAGGAGCGCAACGAGAUUGUGACCGGCGACAACAGUGGCCGUAUCCACAUCUGGAGCAAUUGAGCUAGCGGCCGUGCAGGGCGGAGGCGCGGUCCGCUGCGGCCCGCGCCCGUCCCGGCACGCUCGGCAUUAAACUGUUUGCGCCUC